AUCCAUACCCUCAUUUCAAUGUCGUCGCCCAAGAUUCAGCUCCAACAAGGAACAGUCGUAGGCACUGUCUUAUACGAGAAAUACCCUCAUGCAGUUGAGGCAUUCAGAGGCAUUCCAUAUGCCUUACCACCGACCGGUGACCGUCGGUUCAGGCCACCAGAAAAAGUAGAAAAGGGCGAAGGGAUCAUAGAUGCAACAAAAUUUGGAUCCAGGGCUCCCGCACAGCAAUUCGUCAAAGUAGGGCCAACAUUGGACGAAAGCGAAGAUUGUCUUACUGCAAACGUGUUCCGUCAAGCGGGAACUGAACAAUCGACAGGGCUGCCGGUUGCGGUUUACUUACACGGAGGGGCUUUCAAUCGCGGAAAUGCUGCUAUGCAUGACACUGCAUCGAUGGUUGGGUGGUCUGAGAAGCCGUUCGUUGCAGUCUCGUUUGGGUAUCGAGUUGGGGCCUUGGGUUUCCUCCCAUCUAAGCUCAGCGCUAAAGAGGGUGCGCUCAAUUUAGGCUUGAAAGAUCAGAUAUGCCUGCUUGACUGGGUUGAGGAGAACAUUGGAUCCUUUGGAGGCGACAAGAACUGUGUCACUCUUAUAGGUCUUUCAGCGGGUGCACAUUCGAUUGGCCACCAUCUACUCAACUACGAAGAGGGCAAAGCACCAAAGUUUCAUCGAGUCAUUAUCGAAUCUGGCGCCCCAACGUCCCGCGCCGUCCGCAACCCAGAUGCGGAGAUUCAUGAGAUGCAAUUCCAAGACUUUUUAAAAGAAGUCGAAUGUCCACCAUCACUACCCGAGUCCGAGGUCUUCACCUAUCUUCGCAAACUCCCUACCUCGACAAUCGCCAAAGCCCAAACCAAAGUAUUCCAAAAGUACAAUCCUAGUUUACGUUGGGCAUUCCAGCCCGUAAUAGACAACGAAAUUAUCCGCGGCCGCCCCAUCGACGCCUGGCGAAACAACAGAUGGCACAAACUCCCAAUAAUGACCGGCUUCCAAGGAAACGAAGGCUCCUUAUACGUAAAUAAAUCCAUAUCCUCUUCCUUCGAAUUCCUAGACUUCUGGAAAACACUCCUCCCACAGUUAAGCAGCGAGGACAUCGAAAUAAUCAACAAACUCUACCCGGACCCCACCUCGGAUCCCACCUCCGCUUACAAAGAAGAACGAGUAAAUCUUGGAGUCGGACAGAUGUACAAGCGCAUCGAAGCCGCAUACGCUCAAUACGCAUACGUAGCACCCGUCCGCCAAACUGCCUUCUUUGCCAGCCCAGAUGUACCCGUAUACCUCUACCACUGGGCCAUGCGCCGCGACAUCAUCGACGGCGCUCGCCACGCCGACAACAUGUUCUACGAAGUGCGCGAUCCAGCUAUUUGCUCGGCGUUGAAAUCUCAAGACGAGUUAUCUGGGAUCCUGCAUGCGUAUGUCACGAGUUUUAUAUGCACGGGGAGUCCGAAUGGAGUUAAGGGACGGUAUGGAGGGAGGCCGGAGUGGGAAAGGUAUCAGAGGGAGGAUGGCAAGGUUAUGAUGUUUGGGAGGGGGAAUACGGAGUUGAUUGGAGGGAAGGAGGUGGGGGAGUUGGCGGUGAUGGUGGGAGAUGAGUAUGCGGUGCAGGAGAGUGAGUUUUGGUGGGGGAAGGUUGAGCUUUCGCAGCAGUAGAGGUGGGUUUAGUGUGAAUGUGAUGAUUGCGAGUAAUUACUUAGAUGUGCUAGUACUGAGGCUUGAUAUGUGAUUUUUCUU